AUGACUACUAUUACUGGUAAAACGACAUUGAUGCAAAAACGCGAUUCAUUAAUUGAUUCGGAUCCACUGGUGAUUCCCGACGAAUUUGUUGGAUAUCCUUUAAGAUAUUUCAAUUUACCAUUACAUUAUCGUGAUGAUUUACAAUCAGUAUUGAUUCCGUAUGGUCUUGUUCAAGAUCGAAUUGAAGCUUUGGCAUCAAGUAUAUUUUUAGAUGUACAUAUUCAUAUACCCGAACAAUUGGUCUGUUUAUGUGUACUCAAAGGUGGCUAUCGAUUUUUUUCUGAUUUAGUAUCGAAGAUACAAAAUGAAAACCGUUUACAGAACGAUCGUAGUUUACCCAUGAGUUUGGAAUUUAUUCGUUGUAAAUCAUAUGUAAACGAUUCGUCAUCGGAAAAAUUGGAAAUAAUUGGUUUAAGCGAUUUAAAUUCAUUGAAACACAAAAAUUUGAUUGUUGUUGAAGAUAUGAUUGAUACUGGUUCGACGAUGGUUGCAUUGAAAAAAGAACUAGAAAAAUUUCAACCUAAAUCAGUGAAAAUUUGUACAUUAUUUAUUAAACGUCGAAAAGAUAAAAAAUGUUUAUUAAAACCUGAUUAUGUUGGAUUUCAAAUACCGGAUCAUUUUGUUGUUGGAUAUGCGUUAGAUUAUAAUGAAUAUUUUCGCGAUCUGGAACAUAUUUGUAUUAUGGAAAAGUCAGGAAUUGAAAAAUAUAAAAUUAAGGAUUAA